AAAUUCCAGUUUAGCCGCCUUUAGAUAACUAACUAUUAGAAAGGAAAUGUCUGCCAAAAUUCUCCCUACUCCGGUGAUAGUUUCCGGCUAUGCCGGCCUCAAAGCCACCUCACUGAAGUUGUCUCCACCCAAGUACUCGAUUGGAUGGAGCAAGAAAACUGUCUCAAAUGGCUCCAGAAUUCACUGUAUGAAGACUUGGAAUCCGAUCGAUAACAAGAAGUUCGAGACGCUCUCUUAUCUCCCGCCUCUCUCCGAUGAAUCAAUUGCAAAGGAGAUUGAUUACAUGCUCUCAAAGGAAUGGAUCCCUUGUCUUGAAUUCGAUGAUAGGGGAUUUGUGCAUAGGAGCAAUAGCCAGAUUCCAGGAUACUACGAUGGAAGGUAUUGGACACUGUGGAAGCUACCUAUGUUUGGGUGCGAUGACCCUUCUCAAGUCCUCCAUGAGAUCCAAGAAUGCAAGAAGACAUACCCCAAUGCUCAUAUCCGUUGUAUGGCCUUUGACAGCAAGCAUCAGGGUCAGUGUAUGGCCUUUGUCAUUCAAAAACCCACUGCUAACAUCACCUAAACACUGAUCUCUUUGUUCCCCUAUUUAGUUCUUUUAGGAGUACUGCUCCCUUUUAUUCCCUU